AUGAGUCCCGACAACAAAAGGCGGAAGCUGUCUGCUGGUAAUUAUGAAGCCCUUACAGCCGUCGAUGCUGCACCUGAAACCACCACCGCCACCACGCCAACCGAAGCAGAACAUUCGACCAAGCCAGAUCAACGACGUUCACUAUUCGUCCGCUCACUACCUGCCACAGUCACGACGGAACGCCUGACCGAAUACUUCUCCGAGUCGUUUCCUCUGAAGCACGCCACCGUCGUCGUUGACCCGCAGACGAAGAUCUCCAAGGGCUUUGGAUUCGUGACAUUCGCAGACGCUGAUGAUGCGCAAGCCGCGAUCCAGCAGUUGAACAACUCGGUGCUCGACGGGCGGAAGAUCAAAGUCGAGCUGGCCCAGUCGAGACACCGAGAUGCAGAUGAGAUUGGCACUGGAGUGACUCCCGGUCCUGGCGGUGGGAAGAAGAGUGGGCCCAACACCACCGGUGUGCAACUGCGAGCGAAAAGAGAGCAGGACAGGAAGGAAACGCAGGCGCCUAGGUUGAUCGUCAGAAAUCUGCCAUGGAGUAUCAAGACCGCCGAGGAUCUCUCGCUGCUCUUUCGGAGUUAUGGCAAGGUCAAACAUGCGGUGGUGCCUCAGAAGGGGCCACGCGUGCAGUAUGGGUUUGGGAUUGUCGUUUUGAGGGGUAAGAAGAAUGCCGAGAAGGCUUUGGCGGGUGUCAAUGGGAAGGAGGUGGAUGGCCGCACACUUGCUGUCGACUGGGCUGUGGACAAGGAGACUUGGGAACAGCAACAGCAGCAGCAGCAAGCAGAGCCUACCUCAGGUGCAGACGUGGCUGAAGACGAGAAGGCUACACAGCCUGGUAUUGCAGCUGAUGUGUCAGACACGGGCUCAGCUGGAGGAGUGGACAUCGACGAGGAAGUCCAGGCUGGCUCGGAAGACCUCUCGGAUGAAGACGAUGAAGACGAUGAAACUGAUCUGGGCUCGGACUCGGCUGAUGAGGAAGCGGAAGAAGAAGAGCAGAAAAAGAGCAAUGACACCACAAUAUUCAUCCGCAAUGUACCCUUCACUACGGAUGAUGAGAUUCUCAAGGAACAUUUCUCCACUUUCGGUCCAGUCCGCUAUGCCCGUGUGGUCUAUGACCCAGAGACCGAACGAUCCAAAGGCACAGGCUUCGUCUGCUUCUUCAACGUCGAGGAUGCCAAAUCUUGCGUCAAGGAAGCACCGAAACACGAGCUCACCACCACUCCCGACACCAACAGCAAAGACAAGAAACGCAAGGGCGAGAUGUUGAAGCACUCAGUCCUACAGAAUGAAGCCAGCGACCCAUCUGGGAAGUACACACUAGAAGGACGAGUGCUGAACGUUACAAGAGCAUUGAGUCGAGAGAACGCCGAACGGCGCGCCACCGAAGCGAGCGACAAACGAGACAUACGGGACCGGGAUAAGCGACGUUUGUACCUGUUGUCAGAAGGAUCAGUUGGCCGGGGCACCAAGCUUGCAGAACAGCUGGGGAAGGCGGAGAUGGACAUCCGCGAGAGUAGUGUGCGGCAACGUCAGCGUCUGCUCAAGACGAAUCCCAACUUGUGCCUGAGUUUGACCAGACUGAGCAUUCGCAACGUGCCGCGGAAUAUUGCAAGCAAAGAACUGAAGGCUCUCGCGCGUGAAGCGGUCGUCGGGUUUGCCAAGGACGUCAAGGCCGGGAUCCGAGAGCCGCUGAACAAGGAAGAAUUAAACCGUGGUGGCGCAGAGAUGCGAGACGCCGACAAGAAGCGCAAACAGCAGGGCAAGGGUAUUGUGAGGCAAGCCAAGGUCGUCUUCGAAGACAAAGAAGGCAGCAAAGUCAGUGACGGCGCGGGUCGGAGUCGAGGCUACGGGUUCAUCGAGUAUGUCAGUCACCGCAACGCGCUGGCUGGUCUACGAUGGCUCAAUGGCCACUCAGUCAAGGGCGCGGGUGAACGAGGCAAGCGAUUGAUUGUCGAGUUCGCCAUUGAGAAUGCCCAAGUCGUGCAGAGGCGAAAUGAGCGCGAGCAGAGAGUCCGGGAACACCCUGACAAAGGGCCCAGAGAAGGUAAAUUCAAGGGCAGACAACAGGCGCGCGCGCCUGGGGACGACAAGGGAGAGAAAGGUAGGAAACGCAAGCGCGGUCCGAAUGAUGAAACCACUAAGGCGCCUGAGAAGACUGCCGAGGCUUCCGAGUCUGAGGACAAGAAUCGCCUGGCCAAACGUAAUCGCAUCAUUGCAAAGAAAAGGCAGGCAAGAAAGGUGCGAAAGGGUUGA